AUGGACGUUGUCCAAAACGAGAGUGAUUUAACUAAAGAGUGGUUAGCGAGGCAGGGGGACAUAGCCAGGCGUGUCGUGAAGGAAGACCGCAAUGGCUUCGCCACAUUUUUUAGCGAUACCUGUUUCUCUCCCGCACGAGACUUAUUUAUUGCAGGAGCAGAUGUUUCCUUUUCAACAAGAGUACCGGAUCACGCCAUUGGCACUUUCACAGUUGUCAUUCUGCGCAAAUCUGGCUCACUUGAUCUGGUUUACUCAAGAUCCAAAACUGUGUCUAUGCCACAUCCCUACAUUCCAACGUUUCUGGGAUUUCGAGAAGCUCCCGUGGUAUCAGCAAUGCUCGCCGCUCUCCCCGCCAUCGUCCGUAAUAGGAUAGAUUGUGUUCUCCUGGAUGGAAAUGGACUACUACAUCCAAGAAAAGCCGGCUUGGCAUGCCAUGUUGGAGUGGAUGAGAACCUUCCAACGAUAGGGGUAUCAAAGUCUUUGCUCUGUGUCGACGGACUAGUAGAAAAGGAAGUCCGAGAAUCUGCAGCCGCUCAUGGUGCGGAGGGUGUGAACGUUAUCGGGGCCAGCGGGACGCUAUGGGGCCGAGCCCUUUUAACCGGAAACGCAAAAGUUAAGCCUAUAUAUGUGUCGAUUGGAAACAGAGUUUCUCUCAACACUGCUUCAUAUUUGGUUCAGAAAGUAUGCCACUACCGAAUUCCAGAACCUAUUCGCAUGGCAGACCUCCAUUCGCGUGCCCUUCUAAGAGGGGAGGACGAGUUUAUCUACAAAGAAGAGGCAUUCCUCUAA